ACAAUUUGGCGCGCGUUAGCUCAACGGACAGACGGAGCGUUGAAUUGAGAGCCGUUGAGUGUUGUAUUGUGUACUUUUGAGCCUGCUGUUAUUGUAUUUCACAGUUUUGUUUAUUUAUUUGAGUGAUUUUAUAUUAAAAAUAAUGUUCUCCAAAGCAAAAAGAUUUGAACCAUCAUCUCUGAAAAACCAAACAAAAGAAACAAAGCAGCAAGAACUGGAGAAAGUACAGCCAGAGACCCAGAAAGAGAAGCCAACAAAUCAGCCAGAGGCAGACAAAGCAAAGCCAACAAAUCAGCCAGUGCCUGAGAAAGUAAAGCUAACAAAACAACCAGAACCUGUGAAAGUAAAGCCAACAAAACAGCCACAGCCUGAGAAAGUAAAGCCAACAAAACAGUCAGAACCUGAAAACGUGAAGCAAAAAAAGCAGCUAGACCUUGAGAAAUUAAAGCCAACAAAACAGCCAGAACCUGAGAAAGUAAAGCCAACAAAACAGCCAGAACCUGAGAAAGUAAAGCCAACAAAACAGCCAGAACCUGAGAAACUGAAGCCAACUGUGAAGACGCUAGCAGUCGUGAGCAAAUUGAAGUCUACUGUGACACCAUCAAAGGCAAAAACCAGCAGCGAUGUGCAGUCCCAGUGCAGUUCCAUUCUCAGCGUCAAAUCUUUUCUUACUCCCAAACCAGUUACAAAUAAGAAAAUUAUCAAGCCCCCAUCUAGCCUCAAAAAGCUAGAGCACUCCGGCCAAAAACUAAGUUGCAACAAAAUUCAAAACUGUAAGGUAGCCACUGAAGAUAUUAUCAAAGCCCAAGAAGCUGAAAUAAGGAACAAGGACUAUACUAUUAAUGAAUAUAACAAGCAAAUUGAAGAACUAAAAAAUGAAAUUGCUAAUUUACAAAAACAAAUGAAGGAAACCAAAAAUGUUAACACUACUGACAGUUUAAAUCAACAGCUAUCAAAGAUAUCUCUGAAAGAUGCUGAAGAAGGAUUAAAAACCAAAGAUAAUUCUAGUAAAAAGACUGCUCAAGAUAACUUAAACAUGAUUGCAAAAUAUGAACUUAAAAUUGCUGAAAUUGAACUUCUCUGUGAAAAAUUGGAGCAAGAAGUGAGCAGUAAACAAGUAGAAUUGACUUCUCUUGAAGAAGUUAUAACAAUUAGAGAUAGUUUGUGUCAGGAUCUUCAAGAGAAACUGAGCAAUAUGGAAUCUGUAUUGGAGGAAACUAAGUCUAGACUUGAAAUGGUUAAGGGACAUCAUGCCUUAGCACUAGAAGCCAAUGAGAGCAUUCGGCGAGAGUACAAGGCUGAGCUUGAAAGUCUGAAGUCUAAAUUUGAAGAAGAAAAGCAGGCCAUUAUAAGUAGAUCGAAAUCCGAACAGGAUAGCAUUAGAGAACAUUACAACAUUAUCAUUGAGUCCAUUAAGAAUCAGUUGACUAAAGAAAAAGAUGAGUUGUUAAAUGAUUUACAACAACAACUGGCAAAUAAGGACAAUGAGAUGAAAGCAAAACUUGAACAGAUUGAUGAGGCUACUCAUGAAAAGCUGAGGCUUUGCGAGAUUCAGUUUGAAGAGCGUAGUCGCUCAAUCCAAGAACACUGGACUCAACAACAAGAAAAAAUAUUCUCCCUAGAAAAAGAAACCAAAGAUCUCAAAUAUAGCAUUAGCAUGGCGGAACAGAAAAAUCAGUAUUUACAAAGAGACUUUGAUGCCCUAAAAAAAGAGUGUGAAAUGUUAAAAUCUGAAAAAGAAAGCAUCUUUGUUGAGACCAAUGAACUGAAAGAUGAAACAAAGAAGAAAUUCAUAGAUUUUGAAAAUGAGAUCAAUAAACUCACAGUAGAGGUGGAUAAGACAAGUAAGGAGAAACGUCAGUUUGAAAUGUCUCUAUCUGUAACUCGAGAUAUUGUCCAAGUUCUCACAAUGCGGCUCCGAGAAUCUGAUAAUGAAUUGGAACAUUUGGAAGAGAAAGUUAAAUCCUUAACUGAUGUUAAAGAGGCUCUCGAAAAUGAACUUAGUUCAUACAAAAGCUCUUUAAAUAAUGCGCUCCUAGAAUGCAACGAAUACAAGGAAGCCUUGGUCAAUAUUCUCAAGUCGAAAGCGGCCCUAGCCAAGGAACACACGCGUAUAAUGGAGCAUAACGUUACGCUCAUCGAGAGUCUGCAAAACGUUGAAAAGGAGGCAUAUCGCGAACUCGGCACUAUACAGAGUGAACUUAUUGAAGACGUGGAAAUGAUAAAGAAGGAGUCUAAAUCUCAAAUUAAAGUCUUGCAAGAUGAGGUGGAGAAGAAGCGCUUGUUGUGCACGCUGGCCACGGAGCAGGCGGCGGCGGCGGCGGCCGGCGCGGAGGCGGCGCGCGCGCUGCUGGCGCACGCGGCCGCCGAGCUCGAGCGCCGCGACGCCGACAACCAGCGCCUGCAUGCACAGAUACAAGACCAACAGUCGCUCGUAGUGGAGCUCUCCCUGCUGCGCCAAGAGAAUGAGGAGCUGACCAUGACCGUGGCGAAGCAGUCCUCGCUCAUCGACAAGCUGAAGAAAGACGCCGAAACCCACGUCGCGCCUAAAUCCCCCUCGCUCAUGCGCAAAACGCAUAAGAUUGGCAAAGAAAACUUGCCCGCUGUUGUCAGCCCCCUUAGAGAACGCAACCACUGACUUAUGUCGUAUACAGUACGAUCUCCAUAAUCCAUAAUUUCAUCAAGCAGUCGUACCUCUCCGGUACCAUUAUAUUUUAUCAGCAUUGAAUUUUGUACUAAUUUGCCGAAUUACCGUGUUGACCUGAUGACACUGUAUGAAUACCUAGUAUGUAGGUCUUCAUGCUAGGUAUAAAAAAUAAGGGUUCCUUUUGUACGUUUUAGGUACGGAACCCUAAAAAAUAAAAAAGGACUGAAUUUAAUAAUAAGCCUGUUGAUGUGACUGCCAUGUUUCCACAAACAUGGUAAUAACGCGUACUUUUUGCCUUGACUUCCCUACGAUAAGAUUAUUUUCUUAAGUCUUAACCAAUUGCGGCAGCUUUCAGUAUAAGUUCCACUUGUGUUAUUUCCGUUAGUGUUUGUUUUAAAUUAUGUAAAGACUGUUAAAAUAAAUCGUGUGUUGUUAUAAUAUUUGGAAACAUUAAGUUUGCCUGAUAGACGAUAGUAAUAUAAAUACCAAAAAUCUGUAUUUAACUCUGUUUGUUAACAAAUACGAAAAUCUAAUCCAUUUUUAUCAUAUUCCUAUGUUUAUUGAGUUAGGAUUCGUUUGUAUGUUAAUUUAUUACAAAAUUUAAAUAUUCUUGUGUAAGUUAUUGUCUCAUACUCAUAAAAUUUGCGUGUGCAAAAUAAAUUUAUGAGAAAUCGUAA